AUGUCCGGAAGCUCGACCUCCAGCAAACUCUCUAUCAUCCUCGACGACAAACGGGUCGAUGCAAUUACGCUAGGGCCCAAUCCAUGGUCAGCGAACACCGCAGACCAGUGGUUAAACGGGACCGUCCAGGCGCCAGCGUUUGCUCUGAAUGGGAGGGGUCUUAUGGGCACGUUGCAAGCAAAGUUCCAGGGAACGUCGAUCGCCUUCUUCGGUGUCACACCUCCUGCCAACCUUUCACAGAACCUGACGAUUGCCAUUGACGACAAUGCUCCCUACAACUCCAGCUACUCCGACCCCAACCCUCAAACAUACCGACAAUGGUACCAAUCUCCACAAUUGUCGGACGGUGCCCAUACUGUCACUCUGUCCAAUCUAGCGGGCACUUCCUUCGACUUCGCAGUCGUCAAUGUCGGACCGGAUACCCCUCUCGUUGGCCAGCCUGUUAUAGCAGACAACGAUGAUUCUGGGUUCACCUUCAACGGGACAUGGCAGCGGAAUUUGGCAGGAUUUAAUUCGGGGCCAAAUGCAGACGGUUUUGCCUUCCACAACUCAACGCACGACACAUGGUCUGUCGGCAGCGGUUUCACAUAUCGAUUUACUGGCAAGUCCGCGGCGGUCUACGGGAUCUUCACGUGGGCCAAUCUUGGUCUGCUAUCCCUUACUUUCACGCUCGACGGUGCACCACUGUCUAAAGACUUUCGUGUUAGUUCCGACACGCCCCAAUUUGUCUCUGAGAUUGGCCAACAGCAAAACUUCCUAUUCCAUUCAUACGACUUCCUCGAGUCCACCGACCACACACUCGUUGUCAACAUCACGCAGUGCAUCAACCAGACAUUCUCCUUCGACUACAUCACCUACACGCCCACAUUUACAACGCUAGCGGACAUGCCCAAUCUCUCUCAAGAUGGCGGCGACUCGAACAAUAAUACCGGUGGACAAUCGUCGACAUCUAAGACUUCGACAGCAGCAAUCGUCGGCGGAGCCGUCGCCGGGAUCAUUAUUCUUCUGAUGAUGAUCGGGCUGGCGUUCCUCUUCCGGCGCAGACGAAAGACGAAGCGCUCAAGCAUCGCGAAGUAUCAGCCGCGUAAGCCACCCUACCCUUCCUCCUCUAUUACAUCUCACACCCCUACCAUCCCAGUAGACCCGUUCGUCCACCGGCGCGCUGAAGUGACCGCCAUCCCACUCGCCCAGCAAACCAGUCCACCCGGCACAUCCUCCUCGUACCACGACGACGGCAUAGAACGACGGCAAAGCAUGAGUGCCGCACAGUACGGGGUGUACAUGCCAGCAAGGGACCACCCGGAUGCGAUGGGCUCACCGGCGCUCCCAAGCACGCACACAGGCGGUAUGUACACUAACACAGGCUCAACACCGCCGACAACGGCCACGACGGGCUGGGAUGGGCGUUCAGGCGAGACUGUGGAUGCUACUGGGCGACAGACGGACCCGGAGAGCACGUUCAGUCAGUGGGACGGUAGCAGAGCGGAGCCGUCGCCACCGUCGUAUGAGGAGACCACCAGGGGUCAGCCGCCCACGCAGAUUUCGUAUAUCAUCCGGCGGUAG